UAUUACCUAUAAUAACCAUUAUUAUUUAUUGAGAAUCGAUAAAUAUAAAACUUACAUUUAUCAGUCAAACAACAAUAAUGUGGAAGACACGGAUACAUUUAAACGUCUUAAAGGAUCGUCUCCGGUUACAAAUAUUACGUACAGGAAGUCCAUGGUUAAGUCGCACGAAAACAACAAUACAACAUCACAAGCACGACUGCUUGGUGAUCGGAGCGGGCGGCGCCGGACUCCGCUCCGCCAUCGGCCUGGCGCAGGCCAAAUUCUCCGUGGCCUUGGUGUCUAAGCUCUUCCCGACCAGGUCGCACACUAUAGCUGCACAGGGUGGGAUGAAUGCAUCCAUAGGCAGUAUGCACGAGGACGACUGGCGCUGGCACUUUUAUGACACAGUCAAAGGUUCUGAUUGGUUAGGCGAUCAGGAUUCAAUCCAUUACCUUACUCGCGAGGCACCAUACGCUGUAUAUGAACUGGAAAAUAUGGGGAUGCCUUUUUCGAGGACGGCGGAAGGCAAGAUAUAUCAGAGACAAUUUGGAGGUGGCACCACACACAGGGGCAAGAAAGUGGCAAAGAGGACCUGCGCCGCAGAAGACCGCACGGGCCACGCGCUCCUCCACACGCUGUACGGCUACAGCACUCAGUUCAGCAACAUCAACCUGUUCUCGGAGUUUUUCGUGCUGGACUUGCUGUACCAGGACGGCGCUGUCGUUGGCGCCAUUGCCAUAGACAUGGACGAUUCCAGUAUACACAGGUUUCAGGCAAAGAACACGGUGAUAGCGACAGGCGGGUACCCGCGCAUGUACUUCUCGUGCACGGCCGCGCACACGUGCACGGGCGACGGCUGCGCCAUGGCCGCGCGCCUCGGCCUGCCGCUGCAGGACAUGGAGUUUAUACAGUUCCAUCCCACUGGUAUGUACGGAUCGGGUUGCCUCAUGACCGAAGGUUCUCGUGGCGAAGGUGGUUACCUCGUGAACAGCGAGGGCGUUCGUUUUAUGGAAAAAUAUGCACCAAAUGCUAAAGAUCUAGCCAGUAGAGAUGUUGUAUCCAGGUCGAUGGCUACGGAAAUUCGUGACGGUCGCGGAGUAGGACCCAAGAAAGAUCAUAUCUACCUCCAGCUCCACCAUCUCGGGGCGGAGACCAUCAAGAAGCGGCUGCCAGGCAUCGCGGAGACGGCCAAGACCUUCACCGGGGCCGACGUGUACACGGAACCGGUGCCCGUGCUGCCCACUGUGCACUACACCAUGGGAGGAAUACCUAUUAAUUACAAAGGAGAGGUGAUCCACCAUCAGAACGGCAGCGACGUCGUAGUGCCGGGCCUACACGGGGCCGGCGAGGCGAUCAGUAACUGCCACGGGGCCAACCGGCUCGGGGCCAACUCUAUCCUCGACGUCGUGGUGUUUGGCAGGGCUAUAGGGAACAACAUUGCGAAAAUAGCCGUGCCCGGAGAGAAGCAGCCAGACUUAAGAGAUAACUUGUGUGAUGUAACCUUAGACAACUAUGAUAGAAUCAGAUCGGCAUCCGGCACUUUGGGCCCGCAUGAACUGAGAGGGAAAAUGAGAGUUACUAUGCAGUCUAAAUGUGGUGUAUUCCGCACCCAAAGUUUAUUGGAUGAAGCUCAUAAAGAGAUCCAAGAAUGGUACAACGCAUUCGGGCUUGUAUACGUGAGGGAUAAAGGAUGCAACUGGAAUACCGACGUGAUCGAAACCUUGGAACUACAGAACAUGUUGCAACUAGCGGUUCAGGUGGUGGCAGCGGCCCGCAACCGUGUUGAGAGCCGCGGGGCGCACUUCCGAGACGACUACCCCAAGAGGCUGGACGAGCUCGAUUACAGCAAGGACACUAGUGGCCAGACAAAGAAGCCUAUAGAGGAGCAUUGGCGGAAACACACGUUCACCAAUGUAGACCUGUGUUCGGGUAACGUGACCAUCUCCUACCGGCCUGUCAUCGACACGACGCUGGACAACGAGGUCGACUGGGUGCCGCCGGUGCCGCGCGUCUAUUGAACACUGACCACAGGACCGGCACACUUCGUCGUAGGUAAUUGACGAAUAGUCGUCGUUCCGUACUCCCCGACAAAAGAGAUCUGAAAUGUGAACAUUACUUAUACAUGACUAUUUUACUUUCGUUAUGUACUCGUACAACUGAUUAAUAUUUCAUGUAUUUCACACGGUUUACUAACGAAUGGGCCAAAAACGUUUCCCAAAGUAUCACAUCCCAAACUAUGUUUCCCAAAUUAUCAUUUCCCAAAAAAAUGUUUGGCAAAACAACUUAUCGCAAUUUUUCAGUUAGCAAUAAUCUUUUUUGGCAAGUUAUUGUUUAGCAAAUAAUUACUUGGACAAGUUUCAUUUUACCAAAUAUUAUUUAGUCAAAUGUAUCAUUAAGCAUAACAGCAUACAGCGAUGGCAUACAAUUUACAUACCAAUAGAUAUUUUUAUUUUUGCUUUUAUUUGAAAUACUUAAUCCCGACCUUGGUUGUUUUAUCAUUUUGGUUAUGUUUUACGCAUACGGAUGUGAUUAGUUGCACCAUAAACAUAAUUUAUAAUUUUUAAGAAAAAGAAACCGAUUUCUAUGGGAGCCGGUGUAGAUGGUGCACUAUGUAGAACAGGAGGUAAAACCACCCAUUUUUCUAGUAGCAUUUCGUUUCUGUAAGGGUCGUAGUUCUAGCCUAACCUAACCCACUUCUCUGAUAGCAGUUCGGUUCUGUGAGGAUAGCAGUUCGAACCUAAUCAAAUCCACUUUUCUAGUAGCAUUUCGUUUCUGUAAGGCUCGCAGUUCUAACCUAACCUAACCCACUUUUGUUCGAUCCUGUGAGGAUCGCAGUUCAAACCUAACCUAACCCACUUAACGGCUUUUUUGGAAUAUAAUAUUAGCCAAUAAAAAACGUUUGCUAAAUAUUUUUUUGUCCUAACAACAUUUGACAAAGUAAAACUAUGCCAAGUGAUAAUUUGACCAAAUAAAUUAUAUGCGAAGUGUAACUUUGCUAAAAGUUCCUUUGGGAAAUGAAACUAUUGCGAUAAGUUUGUUGGGAAGUGAAAUUUGGCGAAAGGUAUUUGGCCCAAACGAAAGUACACCAUUUCACACAAUACAUAAGUACAUAAUGUUCUUUGCCGAGACACUUUCAAUUAGAGUAUAAAAGUGAUAGAUUAAUUUUAUUUUACUUCAAAUUGUUAAUUAAACUAGCUCAAAU